CCACUCCCCCUUCCCGCGGGGCGAGAGCGAGAGCGAGAGCGAGAUCUCCGUCCGCCCCCGCCCCGCCCCGCCGCCAACGGUCGCCAACGGCCGCGGGCCGCACGCCUGGCUGGGCGGGGGCCAGCGGGCCGCGGAAUGUCCGUGCGCCGCCUCCGCGCCUCCACCCGCCCCGGCUGUGGGCUCCGGGUUGGGAGUGCAGGGCGGCUGGGAACGAGCGGGCGAGACCCGGCGGCCGAGCUCACGUUCGGCUACGGAGCCUCGGCGCCGCCCAGUCCCGCGCCCGGCGGCCCUGUCACGUCCUCGGCGCGCGGACGCGGUCUCCCGCGCUCAGCCACCCCAGUCUGUCGAUGCAGAGCCUUGCGCGGUGCUCCCGGGCCCAGCGCACCGCCCUGCCGCCUCAGGUGGCCCCAUCUCCCGGUGACAGAAAGCGCAUACCCCGCGACCUCUGGAUUCUUGCUUAUUGGUGUGCUUCUUCUCGUGUUCUGGAUGAUGUCAGAACAGGACCUGGCGGAUGUGGUUCAGAUUGCAGUGGAAGACCUGAGUCCUGACCACCCAGUUGUUUUGGAGAAUCAUGUCGUGACAGAUGAUGAUGAACCUGCUUUGAAGCGCCAGCGACUAGAGAUCAAUUGCCAGGAUCCCUCUAUAAAGUCUUUCCUGUACUCUAUUAACCAGACGAUAUGUUUGCGGUUGGAUAGCAUCGAGGCCAAGCUGCAAGCUCUCGAGGCUACUUGCAAAUCUCUGGAAGAGAAGCUAGACCUGGUCACUAACAAACAACACAGUCCUAUCCAGGUCCCCAUGGUGGCUGGUUCCCCACUUGGCGCCACCCAGACCUGCAACAAAGUGCGAUGCGUCGUCCCCCAGACUACAGUAAUACUCAACAAUGAUCGGCAGAACGCCAUUGUAGCCAAGAUGGAAGACCCAUUGAGCAACAGGGCACCGGAUUCCCUGGAAAAUAUCAUUAGCAACGCUGUUCCUGGGCGUCGGCAGAACACCAUCGUGGUGAAGGUACCAGGUCAGGAUGACAGCCACAAUGAAGAUGGGGAGAGCGGGUCAGAGGCCAGUGACUCCGUGUCUAACUGCGGCCAGCCAGGAAGCCAGAACAUUGGAAGCAACGUCACACUCAUCACCCUGAACUCUGAAGAGGACUAUCCCAAUGGCACCUGGCUGGGUGAUGAGAAUAACCCUGAGAUGCGGGUACGCUGUGCCAUCAUCCCCUCUGACAUGCUGCACAUCAGCACUAACUGUCGCACAGCCGAGAAGAUGGCACUAACGUUGCUGGAUUACCUGUUCCACCGAGAGGUGCAGGCUGUGUCCAACUUGUCGGGCCAGGGCAAGCAUGGGAAGAAGCAGUUGGACCCCCUUACAAUCUAUGGCAUCCGGUGUCACCUCUUCUAUAAAUUUGGAAUCACGGAAUCUGACUGGUACCGGAUCAAGCAGAGUAUUGACUCCAAGUGCCGUACAGCAUGGCGGCGGAAGCAGCGAGGCCAGAGCCUGGCAGUCAAGAGCUUCUCCCGGAGGACACCGUCCUCAUCCUCAUAUAGUGCCUCAGAGACCAUGAUGGGUACCCCUCCACCCGCCAGUGAGCUACAGCAGUCGCAGCCACAGGCUCUACACUACGCAUUGGCCAAUGCACAACAGGUGCAGAUCCACCAGAUUGGAGAGGAUGGACAGGUGCAAGUAGGCCACCUCCACAUUGCCCAGGUGCCUCAAGGGGAACAGGUGCAGAUCACACAGGACAGUGAGGGUAAUCUGCAGAUCCAUCACGUUGGCCAGGAUGGACAGUCGUGGGGCCUGUGCCAGAAUCCCAUUCCUGUCAGCGGUGACUCAGUGGCCCAGGCUAAUCCCUCCCAGCUUUGGCCUCUGGGAGGAGACACACUUGAUCUGCCUGCUGGAAAUGAGAUGAUCCAGGUACUGCAGGGUGCUCAACUCAUAGCUGUGGCCUCUUCGGACCCUGCUGCUACAGGAGUAGAUGGGUCACCUCUCCAGGGCAGUGACAUUCAGGUUCAGUACGUCCAGCUGGCACCUGUGAGUGACCACACAGCUACAGCACAGACGGCUGAAGCGUUGCAGCCCACUCUGCAGCCUGAAAUGCAGCUUGAGCAUGGAGCCAUCCAGAUCCAGUGAGACCAGACAUUGUAGGAGAACCACACCACAGCUGCUCACUGACACUGCCCUGUGUCCUGCUCUCCUGAUUCAGCAGGGCAACUGUGGGUUCUGCAGGGCACACGAGAGUUCCUCCCCUUGGGGAAGAGUCCUGGCCACCCCCUGCUGGAAGGAGCCUCAGGAUUGAAUUCCAUUGCUGGUCUCCGGAGGAGAAGCAUAGUGCAGAGCGUGUUGAGUACAUUCAGAAAAACAAGAACUACAAUAUUUUGUUUAAACAGCUUUUUUUAAAUUUGCUAUGGUGUUUAUAACAAAAAAGAAAAAAAAAAAAAAAAAAAACAAAAAAAACCCCAAAAAACAAAAACCCCAAACCACACAUAACAGAAACACAACUGUGGAGUAGCAGAAGCUUUGGCCGUGUGCUCCCUUCAGGGUCCUGACAUAGGUGUUGGAGACAGCUAACGAUGCUGGAGCAUUGCGGACCCGCUGCUAGGGGAAGUGCUCCACAGUGUAAUUAUGCAUUUCUAAUGAAAUAAAGUGUAUUUAUGGCCA